CAUUUAAAUUCUCAUGGAGAAAAUAAUUUGCUAUGGGAGGAAGCGUCUCAUGAAAGAGCUGUCACCGACCUGUCCCAGAGUCAGCAUAUAUCUCUCUCUGAGUCAGAUGGAACUGCUUCAGAAGGUGCUGAGUUACCUGCAGACUGGAGUAUUAAAACCCGACUCCUUGUCACCUCUCAUCAGCCCUUUUCCUGGGCAGACCAUUUGAAGGCCCAGGAAGAAGCCCGAGGUCUCGUCCAGCAUUGUAGGGCAGCAGAAGUUACUUUACCCCAGAGUGUACAGGAUCCCAAACUCUCAACUGAGCUACGUUGUGCCUUCCAGCAGACCCUUGUCUACUGGCUUCACCCUGCCUUUUCAUGGCUGCCACUAUUCCCUCGAAUUGGAGCUGAUAGGAAAAUGGCUGGAAAGACAAGUCCGUGGUCAACGGAUGAAACUCUGCAACAUACUCUCAUGAGUGACUGGUCUGUGAGUUUUACUUCUUUGUAUAAUCUGUUGAAGACAAAGCUUUGCCCCUUUUUCUACGUUUGUACCUACCAGUUUACUGUCCUGUUCCGGGCAGCCGGGUUAGCCGGAAGUGAGGUGAUCACAGCACUCAUAUCGCCUACAACUAGAGGUCUAAGAGAAGCUAUGAAAAAUGAAGGUAUUGAAUUCUCUCUGCCUUUGCUAGAAGAAAGUGGCCAUAAGAGAAAAGUACGAGAAGCGACCCUGGAAUGUGAGGAGGAGCAAGCUGUCAGUGAUGAAGAUGAAGAGGAGAGCUUUUCUUGGCUGGAAGAGAUAGGUGUGCAGGAUCAAAUUAAAAAGCCAGACAUGAACUCUAUCAAGCUACUUAGAGAAAAACAUGAAGGGCAAAUGGAUCAUAGACCUGAAUCUGUUGUCCUGGUGAAAGGACUCAACACCUUCACAUUGCUCAAUUUUUUGAUGAACUGCAAGAGCUUAGUGGCCACCUCGGGAGCACAGGCAGGCCUCCCUCCCACUCUUUUAUCCCCGGUGGCCUUCCGAGGUGCCUCCAUGCAAAUGCUGAAAGCACGGAGCAUGAAUGUAAAGACACACGCUCUUUCUGGAUACAGAGAUCAGUUUAGUUUGGAGAUCACAGGUCCCAUCAUGCCUCAUGCUCUGCAUUCUGUGACCACGCUACUCCGCUCUUCACAGAGGGGAUCUUUCUCAGCUGGGUUGUAUGCCCAUGAGCCAACUGCAGUGUUCAAUGUCUGCCUGCCACUGGAUAGAGACCUGCACAGAAAAGUUGCUCAUAAGGACCUUGCUAACUGUGGGCUGCACCCCAAAACCCUGGAGCAGCUCAGUCAAAUACCAUUGCUGGGGAAGUCUUCCUUACGGAAUGUCGAAAUGAGUGACUACAUUUUUAAUUGGAGAUCGUGAACACCAAAGUAAGCCUAAAGGGAAACUGAGGAAAAGCUUCCUAGCAAGGAAGGAAAUUGACGAUUUUUAAGCCUGUGGCUCUUAAAAGUUCAUUUUGGAAGAAUAUGUUUUAAAAUGCUGAUGUGUUUUUAACAUUAACUUUUAUUACAUGCUUUAGCAUUAGGUUUAAAAUCAACAUUUUGCUUUUAUUAUUUUUAUGCAUUUUCAGAUCUGAAGAUGCAAGCUUAAACCUUAAGAUUACUUGAAUGAGAAUUCUAUAUCCCUGCAACUUGAUUAAUUGUAUCCUGAGUAGAAACCAAAUUAAAAGUGUUUCAUUACAAAUGAGACAUGA